AUGCAGGGGCUCAGCGCCGCGCCGUCCGCCGCCUUCCUCCUCCUCCUCCUCCUCCGCCUCAGCGCGCCGCUGCUGCCGGCGGCCGCGGCGCGGGGCGCCGAGCGGGAGCUGGACCCCAGCAGCCGCCUGGCCGCGGGGGCGGCGCGGGUGGCACUGCACUACCUCAACUUCCAGGCGGCGUCCCCCGGCGCGCUGCAGGCGCUGGGGCAGGUCCGCAAGGCCACCGUGAAGAGCAUCCCAGACUCUGGUCACAAGUAUUAUCUGCAGUUCACUACCGAAGACUACAAAAGCAGGGAAAAUGCCGGGAGCUGCCUUGCUACAGUGUUGUAUCCAAAGACAAAGUCUCCGCCCGUUGUCAAUAUCAAGUGCAUUCAUACCAAAGACCAGAAGCAAAUCCAAGAAGAGGACAACAGACUUUACCAAAAAAUUAGGCAUCAAACCAAACCAAUAAUUGGAAACAAUAUUCCAGACAGCUAUGGCAAUAUUGAACCUGCCCUGGAGCCAGUGUGGGCUCUGGCUGUUGCUGGCAGCAGUUACAUCAUGUGGGAAAAGUCAACGGAGAGCUUGGGUUACUUCAUGGCACAAGUCAAGUCUGUGAAGCAGUGGGUAAGGAAAGAUGACUUUAUUGAGUUUGACUACACUGUCCUACUCCAUGAAAUUCCAACACAGGAAAUUAUUUCCUGUCACAUGCGCCUCACUUGGCUUCCUGGUCACCCUCUGAAAGUGAAAUACUUCUGUGCUUCAGAGAAUCAGGGGCUCGAAGAUGGAUCUGGAAUGGAAUCAGGAUCAGCUGCUGGGAUUUUACAUGAAAGGGGAGCAAAUUUUUAAAAAAGAUCAUCAGCUUUAUGUAUGUGUAUUAAAUGAGAAAAUCCUUGGGUUAAGAGACCUGGAGUUGUGACAAUUUGUCUAUACAAGUCGAACAGUGAAUUUGAAUGCUUUCACUAGUCUGUUUUGUUCUGGAAUUAAUUCCUAUAGUUUCUUAAGCUGCAAGACUCAUGUUCUAGUUCUACCUAAAAACUUUGCUACUACAUAUAUACACACACAAGCUGAUUUUAUGUCACAAACUUACUGUUACUUAGAGUAACACAGUUUGUAAACAAAGUUAAUAUAUUUGGAUGAAAAUCUUGAGAAAAGUGUUAAUCUGUCACUAAGAAAUAUUUGUCUACUAAUUUUUUUUUCCUUUUUUUUGGGAUAGACACAUGCUGAUUUUUAACUUACAUCUCCAAUAAAACAAAUACCGUUACGCAGGGUCAAGGUUGGGUUUUCUUUCACGAUGCUGCUGUUGGACCCCAGCUUUCCAUCUUCUCCCAGCGUCUGGCCUUUUUUAAAAGGAUGCAGAUGAGCGUAGGCAGCGAAAUGUCUCCCUGCAAGGCCCUACGGAUGCCGGUAACCAGAAUCUGCACGGCCCUAGUCCCGCUGACGCACUGCCGUUCCCUGCAGUGUGAGAUUACAUAAAAAUAAGUUUCUUCUCUCGUAUUUGCCAAGGCAACUCAGAAAAUAUUGAUGUAAGGAAAACAUGUUUUGUCGUCUCCCCGCAUCUGUCACCAGUCCAGAACACUGCAAGGCAGCGUCUGUCAGCCGGAAAUGGAGGACGUUGUCUAUUUACAGUACAACACAGUUGUUGCUAUUUUACCUUGAACGAAACCAGACAGAACUGCAAAGACAGGAAGGCUCUGUACAGAUGAGUUUCCACAUUUGGGUUUGGUGGGGAACAGCCUGCUGCCAGAAUUCCCCGUCAAACAGCUCUUAUAUUAAUGACUGCCAUGUCUUGUACCCGUCCUAAACACAACAAAGUCCUACUGCAAGAACAUGGUUUUGUCCUUUCACACCCAAUUCUCCAUUUCGGUUUGCAGCAGACCCAUUGUCCCGCCCUUGUUCUCCGAGAUUGUGCCACACUGUCUCAAGUUUGGCAUUUUUUCCUCACCAUUAGCAAGAUUCCUGCCAGCUUAAAUGAACUCCUUAUCAAUAAGUACACCUUCCUUAGGAAAACAGGCGAUGGGCUCUGCCCUCUGGGGUGGCUAUGUUCUUUGUAACUUGUGGUAUAUCGCGCUAUCAUUGAUCUAUAAUCGGUAAUGAUGAUUAAGGUAUUCAACAUGAAAGCCCCCACUGGGGGAUAUUUAGGCUGGGUGAUCUGUUAUCCCCCCAAAUUCAGGCAUUUCACACAAGUGUAUUCGAGUCUGAUAUACUUUUACUGACUGAAGCUUUUUAUAUCAGCACGUAAUAGGCAUUACAAUAAAUUCAGUGAA